GCCGUACUGUCCCUGCCUAGCCACCGGUUUGCUGGCCUGUUUCGUGGGGUGGAGGCAGCAGGAAAGAAGCUUAAAAUUGGAAAUGGUAGUCGGGCUGCAGACUUGGAGGAAGUGUAAGUUUCGGGAAGGCAGAUCAUCUAUGGACAGAGUUUCCAGGGCAGCCUGCGUGUGCCAGGCUGGGAGGCGCGGAGGCUCUAUAAGUUCCUGCUAUGAGCCCACAGAUGCCAGGCCCCAAAGGCCCUGGAGCAGGACUCAGAUGAGGGCACCUGGCAUAGGUUAUGGAGGGUGGAGUGGGCAGCCAGUGGGUGACUGCCACACGGGAAAGAAGAUUCAGUGUAGGCAGAGAUACAGACUUUUACAGAAAAGAUGGGAACUCGGAUUUUUAUGUGACAUCUCUGUGAACCAGACGUGGCCCUUGGGACACGAGUUUGCAACUGUCACUCUGGGUCAAUGUUCUCAAAGUACAGUCCCCAGACCAACAGCAUCAGCUUCACUUGGGAAAUUGUUAGAAAUGCGUGGUGUUGUGGUUAGGUUCAACAUGCUCUGCUUUGGUGGCCUAGGUUCACAGAUUGGGGUCCCGGGCGUGGACCUCACCACUCGUCAGCCAUGCUGUUGUGGCGACCCACGUACAAAAUAGAGGAAGAUUGGCACAGAUGUUAGUUCAAGGUGAAUCUUCCUCAACCCCAACAACAACAACAAAAAGAAAUGCCGAUUCUCUGGCCCCUCUCCAGACCUGCUGAAUCAGACACUGUGGGGUGGGGCCUGGCUCUCUGGGCCUUCACCAGCUCUCCAGGAGAUUCGGAUGCAUGCUCCUAUUUCCCUGCUCAAGAUUUUGGGAUCCUCCUUGGCAUGGCCUUGGGGAACAAGGGUUUGGAGGUGUGGCCCUUGACCCAGAGUGAGGAGUGCGCGGUCACUGGCUUUCUACGGGACAAGCUGCAAUACAGGAACCGCCUUCAAUACAUGAAACACUACUUCCCCAUCAACUACAGGGUCAGCGUGCCUUACGAGGGGGUGCUCAGGAUGGCCAAUGUCACCAGGCUGCAGAGGGCUCGAGUGAGCCAGCAGGAGCUGCGGUACCUGUGGGUCUGGGUGAGUCUCAGUGCUACUGAGUGGGUGCAGGAGGUGCUGCUCGAGGACCAUCCAUCCUGGAAGUACCUGGAGGAGGUACAUACACUGCUUCUGGACGUCCAGCAAAGCCUUAGGGAUGUGGAGGUCAGCCCCCAGGUGGAAGUGGUGUUGUCACUCCUGAGUGCCCCAGGGCUGAGCCUGAAGCUGGUACGGCCCAAAGCCCUGCUGGACAACUGCUUCCGGGUCAUGGAGCUGCUCUACUGCCCUUGCUGUAAACAUAGCUCCGUCCUGAACUGGCAGGACUGUGAGUUGCCCAGCCCUCAGCCCCACAGCCCGGAGUCCUCAUCAUCACAGUGUGUGGCUGCCCAGCUGUACCCUUGGCCCCAGCAGCCCCCCACCUCCCUGCCCCGCUCCCCGGGAUCUGAGGCUGGAGUCCCCCCUCAGUGAUGCUGCCGAGGGCACGGGGCCAGGCCUCCUUCCAGAGCAGCCUGUAUGGUGACCUGGGUGGGGCAGCUGGAGGAGCUCCCACGGGAGUUCAGCUGGGCCUGACACUUGGCUGCGUGGUGGUGGGAGCCCCCGCUGGAAGAGGAACCCCUGGAAGGGUGUUUGUCCUUUGGGGAUUCUGUGCCUGAGAAGGGCUCAGCUUCCUGCCUUCCGUGCCUCAUGUGGUCUUACCUGGGGACCUGUGGGCACCUGAAGAUGGAUGAGGACCGAGCUCCCACCCCACCUGGCACUGCCCGGGCCGCCUCCCUUGCCCGACGGCAGCACCGAACGUCUCCUAGCCUGCAGAGGCGAGAGCUGGUCGAGGGGCCGGUGGGCAUGGGGCGGACACCACUCCAUGAGGCCGGGGAGGGGGCAGAGCCCAACGCCACAUCUUGCCACAGUGGAUGCUCUUCCAGUUCCUUUUAUUUUUUCUAUUAAACACCUGCUUUGUUUUGUUUA